UUUGCAUUGUAUGUUAUUUUUCUUUAAGUGUAUAAGUAUUUUUAAGCUUAUUAUGAAGCAACCUUGAGAUUCUGAAAUGAUAGAUAAGACAUUUUAUUUGUAUAGCAAUAGAUAAACAGCUUUUUUGUGUAAAUUAUCAUUUACAAUACCAAAUUAUACUCCCAUGGUUAACUCUGAACACUAUAGUUAGUCAAUUCCUUUUCUUUUAAACAGCAAAACCUUUACUGAAACAUUUAGAAUUUUAUAUAUGACACUUUCAAACCAGUACUGAGAACUACCUUCAAAUAUAAGACAACACCGCUAAUACUGACUUAACAUUUCCGAAGUUUUGGAGUCUUCAGCACGUAUAAUACCAUGUAUAAUAUCUUAAAAACUUUUAGUUCCUAUAAGUAAGUUAUGGGCUUUACUAAAAUGUUUAUGUGAUAAAAUAUUCAUAAUUUGCUCUUAAUUUUAUGUUCCAUUUCAUUUGUAGUUCAGCUAUUUGUAAAAUAUUUGAAAAGCCCAGCUUAAUGCACGUCCUAAUAUGAAUAAUACAAAAAACGUGCAAUAAUGACUGUGUAAAUCCCUGCACAGUAUGACAUAUUUAUGAGUGAUUUUGAGUCACAGUCAUCUGUCUUGGCACCAGCUGCAGUUCCAGCACGACCAACUGGAGUCAAAGUCAAUGACAGGCUGGAGUUCAUCUUAUCAAAAAGUCAUAAAGCAGAGAGUAGCCUGUCAUUUUAGGAGACACACUGUUCCUAAAUAGGGACUUACUGAUACGCUGUAUACACACAGAAUGAACUUUGAACAGUGUGCCUAUGAUGACGUGACUGAUAAACACACAUUAAUGUGGGAUGGAGGGGAGAGAUAAACCUCAGGCCAUGUAGAUUUAAUUUCAACAGUAGCCCCAAGGAAGCCUGCAUGCUGCUGCUCUUCUUCUUUUGUUUGAUUGUAUUGCAAAGACUGUAUUAACAUUUCCCCUGAGUUCAUAAGACCAUGACUAUCGGCAGGAGCUCCAGAAAGAACAAGGCCCCUCGUUCUCCUCCGUUCCUGGACAAGGCUAAUGGAUUCUAUGGGCGCUUGGAUGAGAUGUUUGGAGAUGAUGUACAGAAGGAGAGUGAGACCACAGAAGAACAGAUAGGAACCUUAAACCUGAGCACCCAAGAUAAUAGCACAGCUCCAGGCUGGAUAGAAGAAGAUGACAAUGUGGUUGAUUUUAACCAGGGUGUGAUGGAUGACGAUGGGACCACUUUACUGAAGAGAAAGCCCAGCAGACUGAGUCGCCGCUGGAGCAGGAUGAGCUCCAGGAAGGGAAAAUAUGACAAAUUUUCCUCAGAAAAAGAACUUGGUAAUGAGACCAACAAGCCCACCUCUGUAGAUCUAAACCCAGAAGUGCCACCAGCAACCCAAACCCUGGGAAACAGCAAGGAACCAGAACCAGAGAGGGAGCAUGCUGAUGACCAGAUUCUGAUAUCAGGGAAGAAAGAAGGAAAACGGGAAAUGGAAGACACAAGAAAAGAGAAGAAGACAGAAGACAAACUGAAUGGAGAGUUAAUGGAAGUUGUAAAGAGGAACACACUCAAGAAUUAUCGCAAGUCCGUGGACAGAGCUUUCCGUCGAGGAUGGGAGACUUUCGUUGCCAAUCUGUACAGUGUGACACUGACACCUAUAUCAUCAACCUCCUCUUCAUCCACACCAUCAGACAAAUCUGAAUUAAACAGGAAUCGUGUUUUAGCAGAAUUCAGAUAACAGUAGAACAAACUGAUUUGUAUUUUCAAAUUGAUGAGUAAUUUCAUUUAUUAAUUUAAAUGUGCUCAAAUAUUUAAUAUGCAUUGUUGUUCUUGCAUAAAACUGAUAGCCAUCGAUCUUGUUUUAAAAUGAUCAUUAUGUAACCUGACAUGAAAGGACAAUAUUUGAACUUUUUAUCAGUGUAUGAAUUUGUUAUCACAGUGCUAACUAAAGAGGCGUCUACCUGAUCUUUGUUCCCUUGUGAGAAAACAUGAGGCCUAUGCUAUUAAUAUCCAGCAUGGACAGAUCUUUUUUAUUUGAUGUGAUAAUGUUGUGAGCUGUGAACAGUAGAGUUCCUGUACUUUGGCCAUGAACGUGUAUUACAGGUUAUGUAGUCUACCAAAGGCUUAACUCUUAAAAAAAACAAAAAACUGGGAGCUCAUGGAUUUAAAAAAUGUCAUCAACAGUUAACAUCACUGGCAGUGAAGUAUAUAAAUAACUGAGCCAAGAGAUGAAGUAAAGAUGGCUUUUGUUUUCUUUGGACUUAUUUAUCUUCUCUAACUUUCUUGCUGAAGCUAGUUUCCUAAUGUUAUGUAGGAUAAUUUUUAUUUGUAACAUCUUAUUUUAUUGUGACAUCAAAGCAGUGCUUAUAAUAAAAUGUAAAAG